AUGAUUAAAAUCUACAAAUCUGUUAGGAUUUAUAUGAAAGUAUAAAAUAAAUCUAUACUAGAAAAUUGUUUAAGAUAUAAAGUCAUAUUCUUUUAUUCAAAAACCUAUUGAUAUCAAGCAUCUCAAAGAUUAUGUCUCUAUAAUCAAAGAGCUGGAAAAAUAUUUAAGAUAACGUAGUUAGAGCAUAAAGAAUUGCAACAAAUUGGUUAAAUUAUUUUCUCAAAAAGUUUUUAAUCAAUUCAUUGUUUUAGACUUAUGAAAAUUUCAUUUACAAAUAUAAUUUUGAAGAAUAAAGAAGUAAAUGUAAGAAUCUGAUGUAAAAUAUAGGACUUUUUGACUUCAUUGAAGUAACUAUUGGAUAAAAGGUUUUAUUUAUAAACUUAAAAAUAUUCUAAAACAAAGAACCGAUUAUAGUUAUUUAUAAAACUCAUAUAUGAAAAAUAAUAGGAUUGCUGA